AUGACUAACUUCUCCCGAUCCAAAUCCACCGGAGCUACCGGGUUCCCGAAUUUUAAACCGACCCGACCCGGUCCAGACAUAUACGAGAACAUCCAUGACGAUGACGAAGACUACGAAGAAGAACAUAGCACUACGAGCACAGACUACUACGACGUAUCCACGCCCUUGAGCUCACACGGGUCGAGAUCCGGGACCGGUUCCGGGUCGGGUCAGUUCACGGUACUCGACCUUCUUGCGGCGGUUCUGAGGAAGUCGCUGGUGAUGUCUUGUAGCAUGGAGAGAGGUAAUAAUGACGUGGCUGCGUCUAUGGAUAUUGGUUGGCCGACGGAGGUUAAGCACGUGAGUCACGUGACAUUCGACCGGUUUAAUGGUUUUCUCGGUCUUCCCUCUGAGCUCGAACCGGAGGUUCCUCCUCGAGCUCCUAGCGCCAGUGUGAGUGUCUUUGGAGUAUCGGCUAAGUCGAUGCAAUGCUCUUACGACAACAGAGGAAACAGCGUCCCAACGAUCCUUCUCAGGAUGCAGAAACGUCUUUACACAGAAGGAGGUCUUAAAGCCGAAGGAAUAUUCCGAAUAAAUCCGGACAACGGCAAAGAAGAGCAUGUCCGAAGACAGCUUAACCGCGGUGUGGUACCGCGUGGAAUCGACGUUCAUUGUUUGGCCGGUUUGAUAAAGGCGUGGUUUAGGGAGCUGCCUACAGGAGUGCUUGAUGUGUUGACACCGGAGCAAGUGAUGAAGUGUAACACAGAAGAAGACUGUAGCAAGCUCGUGACUCUUCUUCCUCCCGUUGAAUCUGCGCUUCUCGAUUGGGCCAUCGGUCUAAUGGCGGACGUGGUGGAGCAUGAACAGUUCAACAAAAUGAAUGCUCGCAAUGUAGCUAUGGUCUUCGCUCCAAACAUGACCCAAAUGGCGGAUCCUUUAACUGCACUGAUCCACGCGGUGCAAGUGAUGAAUUUUCUCAAGACUUUGAUCCUAAUGAACCUCAAAGAGAGGGAAAACGCAGAUGCGAAAGCAAGGUGGAUCGAGAAACAAACAUCAGAUCCAUCGGAAGAAUGGGAUUCACAACACUCUGAGAUAUUAGGCCCUGAGAAACCCAACAACAACCCUAAGUUCUUGAGAGUGGCUACUCUGUGUAGGCUAGAGGCUGACAAUGAAGAAGAGUUUUGGAACAUGGAGAAGAGAAAUGAUCAUAAAGAUACAAGUGAAGAUAUUGGGACUGUUCAGAGGCUGUGUAAGCAUCCGUUGUUUCAAUUAAACAAAUCGGCAAAGAAACCUCUUGUAAGUAAUCAAGAUGAAGGAAGAAGAGGACGAGAUGCUUGGGGUUCACGUCUCUCUUCUUUGCCUUGGUAA